GUCUUCCUCUCCCUGGGCACCUGCCCGGCCUGCGAUGCCCCGGCGGCCGCUGAGAGAAGCGAGCUGAAUGCCACUUACGUGGCUAGCUUCUCGCAGCUCGCCGUUGAUCCUGGGCAAUACCUCGUGUGCCUUUGCGCCAGCCAGGACAGCACCGCGGGGAAGGCUGUGGCAAGCCUCACCGUCGAUGGCAUUCAG